UUGGAUCCCGGGUGAGGGCGUCUGCGUGUUUCCGGAAGACGUGGCGGCUCUCGCCUGGGCUGUUUCCCGACUUCAUUUCUCCCUCCCUCCACUUCCCACCUAGGGUCCCCCGAGCCGCUGCCGCCGCUGCAACCACCGCCCUCGCCGCCGUAACCAUGAUCUCCUUAACGGACACCCAGAAAAUUGGAAUGGGAUUAACGGGAUUUGGAGUAUUUUUCCUGUUCUUUGGAAUGAUUCUCUUUUUUGACAAAGCACUACUGGCUAUUGGAAAUGUUUUAUUUGUGGCUGGCUUGGCUUUUGUGAUUGGUUUAGAAAGGACAUUCAGAUUCUUCUUCCAAAAGCAUAAAAUGAAAGCUACAGGGUUUUUCCUGGGCGGUGUAUUUGUAGUCCUGAUUGGUUGGCCUUUGAUAGGCAUGAUCUUUGAAAUAUAUGGAUUCUUUCUUUUGUUCAGGGGUUUCUUUCCUGUGGUUGUUGGCUUUAUUAGAAGAGUGCCAAUCCUUGGAUCCCUCUUGAAUUUACCUGGCAUUAGAUCAACUACAUAGACCCAGAAGAGAUCCACAGUAAUGUUUGUAGACAAAGUUGGGGAAAGCAACAAUAUGGUAUAACAACAAGUGCAUUGAAGACUCAUUUAAAA